CACAUGGAUGAGUUUCGUGCUGUGUGACACAGACAGGUGGAUAAAUGAUUGUUUAGCUGUUUGUUAAUCAUUAAUUGAUCCAAACAUGAUGAGCGCGUGUGUGUCUCUUUAAAUGUUUAACCCCUGCUGCUCCGCGGCUCAGUCUGUGUGUGUGUGUGUGUGUGUUUCCUCCUCAUGGCCGCCGCUCAGGACUCUUCUCUCUAUCUGGGCUUCGACUUCAGCACUCAGCAGCUGAAGGUCGUCGCCAUCGAUGGAAACCUGAACGUUGUUCAUCAGAACAAUGUUCAGUUUGACUCUGAGCUUCCUGAGUUCAGGACUCAGGGAGGAGUUCACAUCCACACUGACAGACUGACUGUCACCUCACCUGUACUGAUGUGGGUCAAGGCUCUCGACUUGCUAUUGGACAAGAUGAAGAGGGCGGGGCUUGACUUGUCCCGUGUCAGAGCGCUGUCAGGCAGCGGCCAGCAACACGGCAGCGUGUUCUGGAGAAGAGGAGCGUCUCAGACUCUCAGAGACCUGGACCCAGACCAGAACCUGACCCAGCUGCUGCAGCACAGUUUCUCGGUGUCGGACUCUCCGGUGUGGAUGGACUCCAGCAGCAGUCAGCAGUGUCUGGACCUGCAGGCAGCAGCAGGAGGAGCUCUGAGACUGGCAGAGAUCACCGGAUCCAGAGCCUACGAGCGGUUCACAGGAAACCAGAUCGCCAAGCUGCUGCAGAGCCGACCGGACGAGUACCAGGACACCGAGAGGAUCUCACUGGUCAGCAGUUUUGCAGCGUCUCUCUUCCUCGGUGAUUACGCCGCCAUCGACUACAGCGACGGUUCGGGGAUGAAUCUGCUGGACAUCAGGACCAGAACCUGGUCUGAGAUCUGCCUGGAAGCCACCGCUCCUCAUCUGGACCGACUGCUGGGAGCUCCACAACCCUCCACAUCCGUACUGGGUCCAGUCUCCUCAUAUUUCAUGCGUCGGUUCGGUUUCUCUGAGAGCUGCAGCGUGGUUGCUUUCACCGGAGACAACCCAGCGUCUCUGGCAGGAAUGAGGCUCCAGCAAGGAGACAUCGCUGUGAGUUUAGGUACCAGUGAUACAGUGUUUCUGUGGAUCCAGCAGCCUCGCCCGGCGCUGGAGGGUCACAUCUUCUGUAACCCUGUUGACUGGCAGGCGUACAUGGCUCUGCUGUGCUUUAAGAACGGGUCACUAACAAGAGAACGCAUCAGGAAUGAGUGUGCUGGAGCAUCAUGGGAAGUUUUCUCUGCUGCCUUGAGAGAAACGCCGCUCGGAAACAACGGCAACAUCGGUUUUUAUUUUGACACCAUGGAGAUCACUCCUCCUGCAGUGGGAGUUCAUCGCUUCGACCCCGACGACAAAAAGGUGUCCUCAGUGAGUCCUCAGGUGGAGGUUCGGGCUCUGGUUGAGGGUCAGUUUCUGUCCCGGAGGCUCCACGCUGAGCGGCUGGGAUACUCCAUCAUUCCAGGAACCAGAGUUUUGGCAACAGGAGGAGCUUCGUCUAAUAAAGAGAUUCUGCAGGUUCUGUCUGAUGUGUUUAACGCUCCAGUUUACACCAUCGACCUGUCAAACUCCGCCUGUCUGGGAUCAGCAUACAGAGCUCUGCAUGGCCUCGUAGCAGAAUCUGGAGUUUCCUUCUCUGAUGUGGUGAAGAAAGCACCGGAACCACAACUGGCCGCCACGCCGCAUCCUACUGCACAGGAGGUGUAUAAUAAGAUGCUGAAGCGCUACGCUCGAUUGGAGGAGAGAGUCCUGCAAGAGUCCCGCCCCUGAGCCACCGCCACCAAUCAGCUCUGUCGAAGAAGUGUGAGCCCUCCUCUGAUUGGACGGCUUUACACAUUUACAGAAACUAAAAUUGACUUAAAACUGAACAAGAGUUUGGAUGAAAUGAAGUUUUGCUCCAAAACAAAAUAAAUCAGAAACAAAU